UGUGAUUUUAACAGUAGAAACAUGUCUGCCUCCAUGGUGCGAGCGACCGUCCGAGCGGUCAGCAAAAGAAAGAUAUUGCCCACAAGAGCCGCAUUGACCCUGACUCCGUCAGCUGUGAAUAAGAUCCGAAUCUUGUUGCAGGACAAGCCGGAGUAUAUUGGUCUUAAAGUAGGAGUGAGAACACGUGGCUGUAAUGGACUGACUUACACACUGGACUACACCAAGGACAUAGAGAAAUCUGAUGAGGAAGUACUGCAGGAUGGUGUGAGGGUUUUUAUCGCGAAAAAGGCUCAGCUCACCCUUCUGGGAACAGAGAUGGACUUUGUGGAGUCGAAGCUGUCAAGUGAAUUUGUUUUCAACAAUCCAAACAUUAAGGGCACAUGUGGCUGUGGAGAAAGCUUCAACAUCUGAGCGUCAUGGAACCUGUGUUCUCCCUGCACCCGCCCUGCUACAGACCCCGUCACAUCUAUAAAGACUGAGAAAGGCAGAUAUGAGGAAAUCUUUGAGAUGUGGAUGUGCCUGUUUUUCUGCCACUGCUUUUCCUUGGACCACUAGUUUAUACAUACACACACACUGGUUAAAAUCAAAUAUCUAUGUGCUUAGAGGAAGGUUAAAUACAGUCAGUGUAUUGCCAUGAUUUUACAAUGUAGAUGCUAGCUGCCUACAGUAUUUAUGAACAUCAUUUUCAGAAGUUUGGUCAGGUUUCACAAUGACUUGAAUGCAGGCGGAAGUGACUGAUCAGCUACUAGACAGUAUAUACUAUCAUCCAGUUAUGUUUCAGCAGUGUCUAAAAUGGAAGAGUUUGAGUGUCUUGCUUCCUUAGUUUGUAAAGUAUAUAUUUAUCUUUGUGUGUAAAUAUGAAGAAUGUAAAUCUACCUUGAACCACAGAAGCGCACAAAAAAAACCCGAAAUGCAACAGACAUGUAUCCCUCACAUAAGAGUACGAGAAGUUUAUGUUGGCUCCUAUUUUGCUUGGUCAAAGCCAGAUCUUUGUAUGAUUGACUGCGUGCUCUUAAAAUCUGUUACUGUGCAAUAUGUCCAUGUACAUAUGAGAUAAUAAAUAGACAAAUAAUA